AUGUUUGCAGUGAAUCUUUGCUCAUACGAUACCAUUAACAGUGAGAUCAUCGAUAUUAAUAAGGAUGGCGUUGUUAAAUUCACCGAUUAUCAACAACGCGUUUGUUGGUUAUAUUUCAACGAAGUGUUCAAUGGCGUUUCUUCUGAAGCUAAGUUUAACAGCAUGAAGUCAAAUUUAAAAUCAUUCAUCGAUGGCAAAACCGUUUGUAUAUUGACUCACGGCAGUACAGGCAGCGGAAAAUCGUGCACUAUGUUUGGAUUUGGCAAUGAAGUUGGAAUUUUGCAUCAAUCGGUUUCAGAAAUAUUGAAGUGCGGAACAAUUGUUUUGACAGUGUUUGAGAUUAUUGAUAAAGAUCGUUUUGAUUUAAUCGUCAAUGAUGGUAUUAAAAUACGAAUGACCAAUGACUCGAAACCAAAUACAAAACAAAUUCAAUCAUCUGAUGAAUUCAGUCAAACAUUUCAGCAGGUAUUAGCGUUAAGAGCUCAAAAAUCGACCGAUCAAAAUGCCACAUCAUCAAGAUCACACUUGAUCGUCAAAAUUUCGUUGAAAAACAAUUCGAAUUGCAUCGUUUUUGCCGAUUUGGCUGGUUUUGAAAGUGCCAAAAAUAAAGAGAAUCUUUCUGAAACACAAUUCAUAAAUUCGUCACUUUCGGGGUUCAACCAAGUGAUGCUGAGCAUGUCACGAAAUGAAAAGCCCAAUUUUAAGGCGAAUACUUUGACAAAGUGUCUUCAACCAUUCAUAAAUGCAAACGCCGUGAUGUUCUACCACGUGAAUGCUUAUUCAAUGAAAACGUCCCUUGAAAUGAUCAAGGACAUCAUGGCAUCUCAAAAAGGACAAAAAAGAUUAAAACCCCAAGCAUCUUCGCAACCAAACAAGAUUCAACCGAUGAGUAACAACGGAACACUUACACAAUUGA